CUGAACCAAAUUAAGCUUAUAAUUCUAACCUCUAGAGAGAGAGGAGAGAGAGAGAGAUGAGUACCGGAGAAACAAAGACUCUGUGUGUAACAGGAGGCUCAGGUUACAUAGCAUCAUGGUUGGUGAAGCUCUUAUUGGAAAAGGGUUAUACUGUCAAAGCCACUGUUCGGGACCCAAAUGAUCCAAAGAAAACAGAACAUUUGCUCUCACUAGAUGGAGCAAAAGACAGGCUGCAUUUGUUCAAAGCAGAUUUACUGGAAGAAGGAUCUUUCAAUGCUGUAGUUGAUGGAUGUGAAGGCGUUUUUCAUACAGCAUCUCCUGUACUAUUCUCGGCUACUGACCCACAGGCAGAAUUAAUUGACCCAGCAGUGAAUGGAACACUUAAUGUUCUAAAAUCAUGUGUGAAAUUUCCCACCGUGAAGAGAGUGGUUAUAACUUCGUCUAUGGCUACAGUAAUGAUGAGUGGAAAACCUCUGGCCUCUGAUGUAGUUGUGGAUGAAACUUGGUAUUCCGAUCCACUUGUUUGCGAGAAGUACAAGCAAUGGUAUAUGGUCUCCAAGACUUUAGCAGAAAAGGCUGCCUGGGAAUUUGCUAAAGGAAAUGAGAUUGACUUGGUUACAAUACAUCCGGGGUUCGUGAUUGGUCCACUCUUACAGCCGACUCUUAAUCUCACUGUGGAGCCGAUUCAGAAACUCAUCACUGGUACCAAACCAACUGUUUCAAACUUCAGAUUCGUUGAUGUUAGAGAUGUUGCCUCUGCUCACAUUCAGGCAUUUGCAGUUCCUUCAGCAAGUGGAAGAUAUUGUUUAGUUGGACAUGUUGCAGACACUUUCGAGGUUCUGAAGAUUUUACGCGAACUUUACCCCACUUUGCUUCCUGAAAAAUUUGAGAUUGGCAAUACUUCAGACCCAAAGUAUCAAGUAUCCUCAGAGAAAGCAAAAGGAUUGGGAGUUAGUUUCCUCCCGUUGGAAAUCACUCUGAGGGACACUGUUGAAAGCCUGAAGGAGAAGGGCUUCUUGUAGAUUUGAUUUAUCCAACUGGGACAACAAUUCAUCUUCGGCAACUGAAGUUUGAUUUCUACUUAAGUACUCCAAAGAGAUGAUGAAAGUCAUAUGUUUCCUGUUUCAAAGAAAAUAAUAUGGCCUAGCUGCCAUGCACGUUCCAUUGAGAUUAAGUUAUGCGUCACUUCGGUACAUUCCUCUCCCAAAAAAUAUUCAUGUCAGGACUUUUUUAGGCCAUCUCCAACCGAAGGAGGGUCGGAGGGCUCUUUUUGGCCCUAUAGCCAUCUAAGAAAUUAAUAUUUUAAUGAA